AUGAGGGAUGAUCAAGAGGCUAAGUUGAAGCGAUGGGCCUUACAUAACCUGGGCAGGCCCCAGAAUGACUUUAUGGCCUAUAUGGUGGCCGAGACAGGUCUACAGCAAGAGCAGAUAAAUCAUUGGUGGGACAAUCACGAGAAUUUUCUUCUCAAUCUCCAAACUACUUCUAAAGAAGUAGGGCAGUCCUUUGAGAUUAACAAAAAUGGUUCUGGAAACCACAAUCUCGAGUGUGCAUACCCCAACAUGUCAGACUCGACACCCAUCCCAAUUGACAACAACGUGAUUGGCUUCGAAAUAGCCCCCAAUGAUGGCUCUUCUUCCGAACAACCACGGUAUGAUUCUUAUAGGCCCUUCUCGACACAUUCGAUGGAUUACCAACACUAUGCAAAUCGGUUCGGUCAGUCCCCGCAACAAGGUCCGGAUCACUCGGAUAGGAUGUCAUUCUCCGAUACCGAUUCAUUACCGUCGAUGCUAUCAGGCUAUGGGAGUAAUAGCGCUUCGAACAGAUCAUCCGGACGCACUUGUGGCACUACAUCGACGCUCUUCUCCGUAGACGAAACCCAGGAAACAGACCCAAAUAACGCAACCCCGAGCUCCCAGCACUAUCAUACCAUGCAGCCGAUGGAACUUGCUCCGGCUUCCGAAUCGCAAUACAAGUCAGUUGAUGGUCUCAGUGCAAGUCAGGAUACUACUCGAAACCACAUCUUGGAAUCUACACUCCAACCACCCACAAGCCUGCGACACGAUUCAAGCACAAAUCUUGAUUCCAAGAAACUACCAGAUAUACCUCAGAAUUUUACAAGAUAUGAUUGUACAAGAUGCGGUAUGAUAUUCGGACGCAAAGGUGCCAAAGGCGACUGGAAAAGACACGAAGAGACAAAGUGCCAGCAACAGAAAUCGUGGCACUGUAUGAUUGAAGAGUCCGCUGCUCAGAUGCUUGAUACUUGGUCUUGCACAUUAUGCAAACAUCCUAAUCGAAAUCGCAAUGAGAUGUGGUAUCAUCUCAUUCAGGAACACAACCUUGCAAAUUGCUUGGGUAAACCUUUGUGUGAAAGGAGUUCUCCUAGGAAGGACAAGUUAAGGGUUCAUUUGAAGCAGUAUCAUGCUUUGUCGGAAGAUUCAACUGCAUGGGAGGCGUGGUAUGAACAGUUGCCCGAAAGGAAGGCUUGGGGCUGUGGCUUCUGUGGUGAUUGUCUCUUAACUUGGGAUGCAAGAAUGGCCCACGUUUCCGAGCACUACCAAAAGCAAUGUCUUCAAAAACCACAAUGGUCAUUGACGAAUGAAAUCAAAGGCUUGCUGAAACAAUCCGGAAAUUGGGAUGUACUGACUCCUUGGAACACGAAAGUUGGUCACAAUGAGAAAUUUUAUUUAUGGUCAGACGAUGACGCUCUGGUUUUGCAGCGCAAAUUAGAGUAUCACGAGGGUACGCCACAGAGUCUGGUCGAAGAAGCAGCAAGAAUAGCUGCAAGAUAUUCUCACAACUCUGCACCCAAAGUCUGGCCUCUCCAUGAAUCUAAUGCAGUAAGACGAGCAGGAGAUUUGUUGACCAAGCCUCUGAGAAAGAGUCCUCCUAAAAGGCGUGGCGGCAUUUUCUAUCUGGAACCUUCUGUGGGACAUGGCAAGCGCGCAGAUUAUGGAACACGAGGAAAUAAUUACGGUGGAAUGAUUUAAUGGUCGGGGGGUCUGAAUGGUAUAAACGUACGCAAGAGCAAUAGUAUGUGGGAGCUGGCUAUCCACAUUCUAGAGUGUUUUUGAUUCAUCAAUCGAUGUCUGUAUGAAAACUCGAGUGUGUUUCAGGAACUCACGCCGGGGAAUGAGCGUGGCCUGGUGCUGAACGCUAGAGAGGAAUUCAUCAUUUGCUCGGAUAUUCAAUUAAUCUAGACAGUGAGAAGCAAUGGAGCCAAAAUAGAGAGAUUUCGGGCUGAAAAAGACUGUAACAUCGAAGUGGUAAUCGAAAGUCUCCUGAAAUCAGUUUUCCGGCGGGGUCCCUGGUGGACAACAAGAUUAGACAAGAAUUGUGGGAAUACAGCAUUGGAGUUAUUGAAUUAAGAUAGACUUAAAAGACGAAAAAAUACUUCAG